AAUAACUUACAACGGGAAGCUGAUCGGCACUGGAUACGCAAUGAAGCUCUUUUCAGUGUGCAAUGCUUACGAACGACUCAAGCAAAGUUUAAUGGAGAAGUUGGCGAUUUCCUCAGUUUGACAAUGCUCAGAGUGCUCUUUGUUCUUUGGGGAAAGAGCGCCCCAUACGUAAGGGAAUGCUUGCCGCAUGCCCGUUGGCUUGGAGGUUCUUCCCGGCAGGAGCAGGUCGCCCUGCGGAAGUACCGCGUUCUAACCUUAGUUACCCGCCCUGCAUGA